UCAUCAGGUCUCGGUGGAAAGAUGCUGUGGGUUACCCUACUAAGCACAAUAGCCUUAGGAUGGACUACGCCAAUCCCUUUGCUGGACGACUCGGAAGAGAUAGACGAGCCUUGCUUCGACCCCUGCUACUGUGAAGUGAAAGAGGGCAUUUUCCACGUUCAUUGCGACAGUAAAGGAUUUACAAAUGUUAGUCAGAUCUCGCAGUCGUGGUCAAGGCCAUUCAAACUCAACCUACAAAGGAACUCCAUGCGCAAGCUGUAUUUUAACAGCUUUCUGCACCUCAACAAUGCCGUAUCCCUCAAUUUAGGCAACAACGCGCUGCAGGACAUCCAUGUGGGUGCGUUCAACGGCCUAAGCAUUUUGAAAAAGCUAUUCUUGCACGAGAACAAGUUGGAGGUGUUCAGAAAUGACACUUUUCUUGGACUAGAGAGCCUUGAAUAUCUACAAGCGGAUUACAAUGUCAUUAAGAGAAUAGAGAGCGGGGCGUUUCGAAACCUGCACAAACUUCGAGUGCUUAUUUUGAAUGACAAUUUGAUACCAGUGCUGCCCAACUUGCUAUUCAGGUCUGUGUCGCUCACGCACCUUGAUUUACGUGGCAACCGGUUAAAAAUUCUACCUUAUAAGGGCACAUUGGAGUACAUUGGCCGCAGCCUGAUGGAGAUCCAGCUGGAAGAGAACCCGUGGAAUUGCGUGUGCGAAAUAGUGCAGCUCAAAACCUGGCUAGAGCGCAUUCCGUACACGGCUCUGGUAGGCGACAUAACGUGCGAGUAUCCUUUUCAUUUCCAUGGGAAAGACCUGCGUGAGAUCAAGCGGACCGAGUUGUGUCCUUUGCUCUCCGAGGCCGAGGUCGAAGCUAAACUAGGCAUCCCCAGAGCUCCAUUCAACAACGAGAACACGUGGCCCACCAAGCCGUCAUCCAUGCUUUCCUCUUUUCACAACACGGCGUCCUCAGUAGAGUACAGAGAGAGGAAUGUAAAGCCCACCAGACGGGUCAAAGCUACGAAAACCCCACCGACCCCUCGCAGUAUUUAUCCAGGUCCGAAUCAGCCCCCUAUUGCUGCCUACCAGACCCGACCGCCCAUUCCAAUCAUCUGCCCAACUGGAUGUGUCUGUAAUCUACACAUAAAUGAUCUUGGGCUCACCGUCAAUUGUAAAGAGAGAGGUUUUCACAACAUUUCCGAACUCCUGCCACGCCCUCUCAACGCCAAGAAACUUUAUUUAAGUGGCAAUUUGAUUCAGAAAAUUUACCGGUCGGAUUUCUGGAAUUUCUCUAGUCUGGAUUUACUGCAUUUGGGCAACAAUCGGAUAUCUUAUGUUCAGGAAGGGGCUUUUAUCAAUUUGCCUAACUUAAAAAGUUUAUACUUGAAUGGCAACGAUAUUGAAAGACUCACUCCGGGCAUGUUUCGCGGGCUACAGAGCUUAAACUACCUAUAUUUCGAAUAUAAUGUUAUCCGGGAGAUCCAGCCGGCUGCGUUCAGUUUAAUGCCGAACCUGCAGCUGGUUUUCCUGAAUGACAACCUCCUGCGCACGCUGCCUGUGGACGCCUUCGCCGGCACCUCGCUGGCCAGACUCAAUCUGCGUAACAACUACUUCCUCUACCUGCCCGUGAGCGGCGUGCUGGAGCACCUGAACUCCAUCGUCCAGAUCGACCUUCACCAGAACCCGUGGGACUGCUCUUGCGACAUCAUCCCGCUCAAACAGUGGAUGGAGAAACUCAGCACUGUCAUCGUGGUAGGGGAAGUCAUUUGUAAGACGCCGGAGUUCGCUUUCGGGAAGGACCUGCGCAGUUUGGACGCCGAGGUCAUCUGCCCCGAACUGAAACUUACUGCACCAUCCCCAGCUAUUCCUUUUGACAUGACAUCCACCAGUGGCUCUGGGAUAGGGUACGCCCCGGCCACGGGAGCUGUUCCUCUUUCGGUACUUAUACUCAGUCUCCUAAUCUUAUUCAUUUCUGCUGUGUUUGUGGCCGCUGGUCUUUUUGCUUUCGUCCUGAGGAGGCGGAAGAAGCAGCCCUUCAGAAAGCGUCAAGAGAUGGAUCUAACCGGUGUUCAAAUGCAGUGUCGGAUAUUUGAGGAACGACAGACGGCGUCGCCAGAGAAACCACCCGGACACGUCUACGACUACAUCCCGCAUCCAGUCACCCAGAUGUGUAACAACCCCAUCUAUAAACCGAGGGAAGGGGAAAUCGAAGGGGAACAGUUCACCGAGACCAAGGAAAACAAUAGCAAUUAUCGAACUCUUUUGGAAAAGGAAAAGGAAUGGACGAUGGCUGUGUCUAAUUCCCAACUAAACACCAUAGUCACCAUCAAUCAAUCUGGUGACAUGGCGAGUUUUCACGAAAACGGGGUGCUUUGCCCCACAGUCAUAGACAGCCAGAGACCCACCCCUACGGUGGGUUUUGUAGACUGCCUUUACGGCACCGCUCCAAAAUUAAAGGACAUGCACGUUGCACACGCACACCCCCCAGGAAUGCAAUACCCCGAUUUACAGCAAGACGCCAGAUUGAAAGAAACACUUCUUUUCACCGCAGGGAAAGGAUUUCCCGAUCAAACCCAAAGCGAAUACCUCGAGUUAAGGGCCAAACUCCAAACCAAGCCGGAUUACCUCGAAGUCUUGGAGAAAUCAUAUAGAUUCUAA